UAGUAUUGCAUUUGAAUUGAUUACUGCAUCGUUGGUGUUAGAGCUUGCAAGAAAGGCAUUUCACUGUACAUGUGCAUGUGACAUUAAAACUUGAAACAAAUUUAUGGGACAAAUACUACAAAAGCGAAAUCUAUACAUCUCUAUGGUCGUCCCAAGGUCCGCCAGAGGGCGCUAGCGGGGUAGCUAGUUGGCGAUCGUAGUUUUGAGCCAUCUGAAGGGAUUAGCGCUGUGUAUUUGAUCGUUGGGGAUAUGGCGCAUUUGAACAGAAGGACUAUUUUGUCUGCUGCAUUAUGACUGGAUUUCUAGCCAGCUAACUAGCUUAAGCUAAUUGCAUUGCAGAGUAUUUCUAUUAAACGUUACGUCGUGUUGCUUAUUGAAACACACAUCCCGCAAGGAAUUGUGAAUUUAGAUUGCAUGCCAGAGUCUUAACUAGCUACGACAGCUAAGCAAGCCACUCCUGAUUGUCUCAUGUUUUGCUGUCUUAUCGAUUUGGCAACACUCGCUUGGCCACGUCUUAUCAAUUUGUGUAUUUUAGUUUUCUCGUGGUAAACGCCAGCCUCUACCUAGCUAACGUUACCCAACGACUUGGUUGCUAAAUGUCGGAGAAGAGUUCGAACUCGUCGGGCUCCGAUGAAGAUGUGGAUCCCGAAUCUGGGCAUCCUGUUGAACUCGGUGGCGUCCUAAGCAAGUGGACGAACUACAUUCAUGGAUGGCAGGACCGGUGGGUAGUGUUGAAGAACAACACUCUGAGCUACUAUAAGUCAGAGGAUGAGCGGGAGUACGGCUGCAGGGGCUCUCUAUGUCUCAGCAAGGCGAUCAUCACACCCCAUGAGUUUGAUGAGUGUCGUAUUGACAUCAGUGUGAACGACAGUGUGUGGUACCUACGGGCAGAGGACCCAGAGCACCGGCUCCGAUGGAUUGACUCCAUCGAACUACACAAGGUGGAGUCGGGGUAUGGUUCAGAGUCCAGUCUGAGGCGUCAUGGUUCCAUGCUGUCUCUCACGUCCGCUGCCAGUGGCUUCUCCGCCACCUCCACCUCCUCCUUCAAGAAGGGCCACAGCCUGCGGGAGAAGCUGGCGGAGAUGGAGACGUUCAGAGACAUCCUGUGCAGACAGGUGGACACACUGCAGAAGUACUUUGACGGCUGCGCAGACGGCGUCUCCAAGGACGAGUUCCAGAGAGACAAAGUGGAGGAGGAUGAAGAUGACUUUCCCACAAGCACGCGUCCCAAUGGUGACUGCCUUCACAACAACAACGGCAGCAAAGAGAAGCUGUUUCUCCCUGCCAGUCCUAAGGGCAUGAAUGGGAUCGAUUUUAAGGGCGAGGCCAUCACGUUUAAGGCCACUACAGCUGGGAUCCUGUCUACCCUGUCCCACUGCAUCGAGCUCAUGGUGAAGAGGGAGGACAGCUGGCAGAAGAGGCUGGACAAGGAGCUGGAGAAGAGGAGGAGGGUGGAGGAUGCCUACAAGUCGGCCUUGAGUGAACUGAAGAAGAAAUCUCACUAUGGAGGCCCCGACUACGAGGAGGGUCCUAACAGCCUCAUCAAUGAGGAGGAGUUCUUUGAUGCGGUGGAAGCUGCCCUGGACAGACAAGACAAGAUAGAGGAACAGUCAGAGAAGGUGAGGAUACCCAGACUGACCCCCGUCCCCCCUGGAGACGCAUACUCCGUCAUCGGAACACACCGCUUUGCCAAACAGCCCCAUAGCUACUCUUCCUCCCUGUCCUCCGUUGAAUUAGUCAGUGCCUCAGAUGAUGUUCACAGAUUCAGCGCACAGGUGGAGGACGUGGUUCAGAAUCACAUGACCUACUCCCUGCAGGACAUGGGUGGCGACGCCAACUGGCAGCUGGUGGUGGAGGAGGGCGAGAUGAAGGUGUACAGGAGAGAGGUGGAGGAGAACGGCAUUGUUCUGGACCCUCUGAAAGCCACCCAUGCAGUGAAGGGUGUGACCGGACACGAGUUGUGCCACUACUUCUGGGACACGGACGUACGCAAUGACUGGGAGACCACCAUUGAAAACUUUAACGUGGUGGAGACGCUCUCAGACAAUGCUGUUAUAGUCUACCAGACACACAAGAGAGUAUGGCCUGCCUCUCAGAGGGAUGUCCUCUACCUAUCAGCUAUCAGGAAAAUCCUGGCGACCAAUGAGAAUGACCCAGACACGUGGCUGGUCUGCAACUUCUCUGUAGAUCACGACAACGCCCAGCCCACCAACCGGUGUAUCCGUGCCAAAAUCAACGUGGCCAUGAUCUGCCAGACCCUGGUGAGUCCUCCAGAGGGCAACAAAGAGAUCAGCAGGGACAACGUCCUCUGUAAGAUCACGUAUGUGGCCAACGUGAACCCUGGAGGCUGGGCCCCUGCCUCAGUCCUUAGAGCCGUGGCCAAGAGGGAAUACCCCAAGUUCCUCAAACGCUUCACCGGCUACGUCCAGGAGAAGACCAGCGGAAAACCUAUCCUCUUCUAAAUAUCACCGGUGUUGGAAGGCGAAACACCUUUUUGUCCUGAAGCGAUAUGGCUACAUUUCCCAUCAUUCAAUGGGCUCCCACAGACUACAUUACCCAUUCAUCUGUCAACUGGAAUUUCUUUACAAAUGUUCCGAUCGUAUCAGACUGAUUUAGGGCUUUAAUCCAUCAGUAGUUGCUAGCUACCUGAGCCACACAAACAUUGUUAAACUGUCCAUGGAUGUGUUUGUAUAUAAAUUCAAGAAUUUCUGAAACGACAGAACCAAUCUUUUUGUAAAUUGUUUUGUAAAUAAUUUCCAAUUAUAUUAUUUUGGACUAUA